AUGACAUGGACUCAAUUCAAUGAGAUCUUUUAUGACAAGUACUUUCCUCAGUACUUCCAGGAUAGAAAGGUUUUUGAAUUCCAAGAACUGAAGCAAGGCAAGAUGUCUGUAACUGAAUAUGAGGCUAAGUUUACUGAGUUAGCCAUAUUUGUUCCUCACAUGGUUGAUACUGAUUAUAAAAUGGCUCGAAAAUUCAAAGGGGGAUUGGAUCUAGACGUGUUUGAUAGAGUAGUUGUUUUGAAGUUGCCUACAUACGUGGAGGUACUUGAUAGAGCACUAAUGGUAGAAGCCACCCUGGCAACAAUGAAACAAGCCAAAGCACCAACAACAAAAUUGAGAAACAAAAGACCUGGAUCCAAUUUUUCGAAGGGUUGUUCAUCUUUUACAAACAAAAAGCAAAAUACUGGAUCGUCAAGUAGUUCAAGUCAAAGUAGUGGAUCUAUGCCAGUCUGUUCUGAGUGUGGAAGGAGACAUAAAAGAACGUGUUACCGUGCCUCGAGUGCUUGUUUUUGGUGUGGCAAGACUGGCCACAUGAUUAGAGAUUGUUCGAUGAGAUCCGAUGAUGCUAACCAUCCUACGACAAGUUUAGCUGGAUCCACUCCUACACCAAGAACAAAUGUGAAAACCAAUACCGGGAGAGAAACUUUGAGGCAAGGCCGAAUUUUUACAUCAGUACCUGGUGAUGUACAGAACACCGAGUCAGUGGUGUCAGUCCGUGAAUUUCCUGAUGUAUUUCCUAAUGACCUACCUGGGGAGUUAAUUGAUAGGGAAAUUGAAUUCACCAUUGAUGUGGUAUUUGGAACACAACCAAUUUCUAAGACCCUUUACAGAAUGUCAAUCUCUGAACUAAAAGAAUUGAAAGUUCAACUCCAAGAAUUGCUAGACAAGAAGUUCAUCCGACUAAAUAAGUUAGCUAACUUGUAUGUCAAUGAGAUUGUGAGAUUACAUGGUGUACCAAUAUCUAUUGUAUCUAAUAGAGAUCCCAAGUUUACUUCAAGAUUCUGGCAGAGUUUACAACAGGCUUUGAGGACCAAACUGAGACUAAGCAAUGCUUAUCAUCCACAGAAAGACGGCCAAUCAGAAAGAACAAUAUAA